AUGGCAAUCGAGGAUAUCGGCCUGGUGGGCAUCAACGUGCGGAUGUGGCGGCACUUGGCCGUGCUGUACCCCACUCCGGGCUCCAGCUGGCGCAAGUUCGCCUUCGUGCUGCCGGUGACUGCGAUGAAUCUGAUGCAGUUCGUCUACCUGCUGCGGAUGUGGGGCGACCUGCCCGCCUUCAUCCUGAACAUGUUCUUCUUCUCGGCCAUUUUCAACGCCCUGAUGCGCACGUGGCUGGUCAUAAUCAAGCGGGGCCAGUUCGAGGAGUUCCUCGACCAACUGGGCACUCUGUUCCAGUCGAUUCUCGACUCCACCGACGAGUGGGGGCGUGGCAUCCUGCGGAGGGCGGAACGCGAGGCUCGGAACCUGGCCAUUCUUAAUUUGAGUGCCUCCUUCCUGGACAUUGUCGGUGCUCUGGUCUCGCCGCUUUUCAGGGAGGAGAGAGCCCAUCCCUUUGGUGUAGCUCUACCAGGAGUGAGCAUGACCAGCUCGCCCGUCUACGAGGUCAUCUACUUGGCCCAGCUCCCCACGCCCCUGCUGCUGUCCAUGAUGUACAUGCCUUUCGUUAGCCUCUUUGCCGGCCUGGCCAUCUUUGGGAAGGCCAUGCUGCAGAUCCUGGUGCACAGGCUGGGCCAGAUUGGCGGAGCGGAGCAGUCGGAGGAGGAGCGCCUCCAAAAGCUGGCCUCCUGCAUUGCGUACCACACGCAGGUGAUGCGCUAUGUGUGGGAGCUCAACAAACUGGUGGCCAACAUUGUGGCGGUGGAAGCAAUUAUUUUUGGCUCGAUAAUCUGCUCACUGCUCUUCUGUCUGAACAUUAUAACCUCACCCACCCAGGUGAUCUCGAUAGUGAUGUACAUCCUCACCAUGCUGUACGUUCUCUUCACCUACUACAAUCGCGCCAAUGAAAUAUGCCUCGAGAACAACCGGGUGGCGGAGGCCGUUUACAAUGUGCCCUGGUACGAGGCAGGAACUCGGUUUCGCAAAACCCUCCUGAUCUUCUUGAUGCAAACACAACACCCGAUGGAGAUAAGAGUCGGCAACGUUUACCCCAUGACUUUGGCCAUGUUCCAGAGUCUGUUGAAUGCGUCCUACUCCUACUUCACCAUGCUGCGUGGCGUCACCGGCAAAUGA